AUGACCCAGGCCGCCCGGCGAGGUGCCGGCAGACCCGAGCCGCGGCGCCGCGUCCCCCAGCGGCCCAUGGCCUCUCCGCGCCUGGCCACUUUCUGCUGCCCCACGCGGGACGCGGCCACGCAGCUCGUGCUGAGCUUCCAGCCGCGGGCCUUCCACGCGCUCUGCCUGGGUAGCUGCGCACUCCGCCUGGUGCUCGGCCUCCUGCAGCUGCUGCCCCCGCGCCGGCUCGCGUGCCCCGCGGCCAGUGCACCCCUCCUGGCCUCGGCCCCGAGGGCCUCUGCCCGCAUCCUGCGCGCUGCCGCCGCCUGCGACCUGCUCGGCUGCCUGGGUAUUGUGUUCCGGUCUGCAGUGUGGUUAGGGUUCCCAGAUUUCGUUGAAAACAUCUCAGAAGUGAAUGGAACAGACAUUUGGCCUGCUGCAUUCUGCGUGGGGAGUGCGAUGUGGAUCCAGCUGCUGUACAGCGCCUGCUUCUGGUGGCUGUUCUGCUACGCGGUGGACGCCUAUCUGGUGACACGGAGAUCCUCAGGACUGAGCACGAUCCUGCUCUACCACAUGAUGGCGUGGGGCCUGGCCGCUCUGCUCUGCGUGGAGGGAGGGGUCAUGCUCUACCACCCAUCUGUGUCCAGGUGUGAGAAGGGUCUGGAGCAUGCCAUCCCCCACUACAUCACCACGUACUUGCCGCUGAUGCUCGUCCUGGUGGCCAACCCCAUCCUGUUCCGGAAGACAGUGACUGCAGUGGCCUCUUUGCUAAAAGGAAGACAAGGCAUUUACACAGAGAACGAGAGACGGAUGGGAGCUGUGAUCAAGAUCCGAUUUUUCAAAAUAAUGCUGGUUUUAAUUAUUUGCUGGUUGUCGAAUAUCAUCAAUGAAAGUCUUUUGUUCUAUCUUGAAAUGCAACCAGAUAUCAGCAGAGGCUCCUUGAAAUAUGUCAGGAUUGCAGCCAAGACCACAUGGGUCAUCAUGGGGAUGCUGAAUCCAGCCCAAGGCUUUCUCUUGUCUCUGGCUUUCUACGGCUGGACAGGGUGCAGCCUGGACUUCUCUCCCAGGAAGGAGCUGCAGUGGGAAUCCCUGAUGACCCCGGAGGCUGAGCAGGCCUGCGCCUCCCCCCCGGGGUCCUCUGAGCCCUGUGACAGCCAGGGGACCAGGAAGAAGAUGCCGGGCUUCCGGCUUGCUUCCGAUGAGGCUCUGAGCCUGCUGUCUGAAGGUUCUGAUGCCAGCACGAUUGAAAUCCACACUACUAGUGGGUCCCGCCACGAAAAUGAGGCCGACUCAACUCCAGCCCAGGGAGACCCGUGA